AUCGACGACGACGACCAAGAACGACCAACUAAAAAAAUGGCCUCGUUUUCGUUGCCAACUAUUCACGACAAUCCAGAUGGUGGCUGGGGACCAUCGACCUCGACCAACUUCCCAGAACAAUUCAAAUUCAAGGAUAUUCCUUAUGCACCCUUUGCAAAAUCCGACAAGCUUGGUCGAGUCGCAGACUGGAACGAGUUGGCCCUAGAUGGCAGGCAGGCUGCUCAGGGUCUCUCUGCUCAAGCUAAUAGGGGAGUUGGAGCUGCCGGACGAAGACGCGACGGUGCCCAGGCGUUCGGCAGUGGAACUGCCAGUGCCUUCGCCUACUUCCAUGCUGAAGAUGAAUCUUCAUUCUCGCUUGUCGACAACAAGGCUACUGCUCCUCGACGAGGAACUGGUUUCAGCCGAGGCCGUGGAGGUGUCAGAGGAACCAGCUAUACUUCCAGGGGCGGUGCUCGAGGUGGCCGUGGAGGAACUUCUGGUGGAAGGGGCGGUAUGCAGAGGACUGUCGCGAGCGGCAGGAGAGGCUGGAGGGAUUGGGAAAAGAACAAUCGCACUCGAGAAUCAUCUGUUGUCAUCUCACCCUCCUGGCAAGUGCUCGAAGAAAUCGAGUUUCAUCGCCUCGCAAAAUUGCGACUCGAAGUUGAUGAACCCGAUGAGCUUGAUUCUUACGGCCGCAUCUUUGCUUACGACAAAACCUAUGACCGUAUUACUACCAAGACUGAGCGACCUCUCCAAUUGGUGGAUCGUAUCAAAUACAAUCCCACUACUUCAGAUGAUCCUGUGAUCCAACAGCUCGUUAGCAAGAACGUCGGUAACGUCUACACGACCGACAUCAUCCUCUCCGUCUUGAUGUGUGCUCCUCGUUCGGUGUACCCUUGGGACAUCGUGAUCGUACGAGAAGGGAAUAACUUGUUCUUCGACAAGAGGGAUGGCGGUCCCUUCGAUACUGUCACGGUCAACGAGAAUGCGGCCGAUCCUCCUCAAGACCCCACACCUCCCAACCCUAACAACCCCAACGAGAAGCCGGUCGUUCCAGAGACUGCCUCAAUCAACACGGCUACCUCUCUCUCCCUCGAAGCCACCUACAUCAAUCAAAACUUUGGGUUCCAAACUGUCAUCGAGACACCGCCCCCUCCUGCUAUUGACUUUGCUCAUGCCAACCCCUUCUACGGACCGGACGAGACUGAGCCUUUGGCUUCCUGCGGUUACCGAUACCGUCUCUUCGAUCUUGGUAUUACUGAAGACGAGGACAUCAGGCUGUGUGUCCGAACAGAAGUAGACGCCUAUUCUCCUGGUCAAGGAAAUCCCCGUGAGGGACAAGGCCUCGUCACCAUUCGCGCCCUUAACGAGUUCGACCCCCGUGCUCAAGGUUCAGGAGGCGCCCCCGACUGGCGCACCAAGCUCGACUCCCAGCGUGGUGCCGUCGUCGCUACCGAAAUGAAGAACAACAGCUGCAAGCUCGCCAAAUGGACUGUGCAGAGCAUCUUGGCUGGCGCUGAUCUCAUGAAGAUCGGAUAUGUCUCUCGUGCUAACCCUCGUGACAACACCCGUCACGUCGUCUUGAGUACGACUUCAAUCAGGCCCACAGACUUUGCCGCCCAAUUGAACGUCUCAUUGGCCAAUGGAUGGGGUAUCGUUCGUACCAUCAUCGAUAUGUGUAUGAAGAUGCCCGAGGGCAAGUACGUUUUGGUUAAGGAUCCCAACAAGCCUGUAAUCCGUUUGUACUCCGUGCCCCAAGAUACCUUUGUCGAACAAGACGAGGAUGAAGGAUCGGAGGAGGAAGACGAGGACGAGGCGUGA